UGUCUGCCCAGUUGUGGGGUUUUGCUCUCCCAGACGGACAGCGCGGAAGCUCCUGCUGGACCAAUUAACGGGCAGGUCUGUGCGCAGCCCCGCCGAGCGCGUUUUCCUGGGCGGCCUCUGCUCGCUCUGCCCAAACAGUCAGCAGCAGCAGCAGCAGCGGGACAAACAGAAACUUCAGGACAGACACUAUCAACUUUGAAAUGGGGUCCUCUCGGGCUCUGGUCUGCGCCACCGCUUUUGUUUUAAUUUUACUGAGCUCAGCAUCCAAGGAUGAGCACAUCUUUGAGCAGCGUGAGGUUGACCUCCACCAAAUCACGCAAGAGCUGCUGCAUCCAGAUUCAUUCAUGUUGCAACAACAGGUGGACAUAACAGAUCUCUUGGAUCCCAAGGAGUUCACUGUGGGUGAGCAUGCGAUAGUGUCUCCGCCAGAACAGUAUGAUACCCUGAGUGAGAGAACUUUUGUUCUGUCAGGGGGUUCCAGGCCAGGCAUCUGGAGACCUAGAGGACGUCGACCAAGCCAUGGGUCCCGUUUCUUUCGUGGUCCACCUGCGCUGGAGUAUCCCGUUCAGUUCCCCCUGGCCCGUCCUUCCUCUGACAAUCUCCAAGCCAUCUGCCUCCAUGCAGACCAUCGUCCUCGCUACCCGGACUCUUACUUUCCUGCCUCUGGAUUUGGCAAGCAGAGGCGAAAAGCCAGUGCUGUAAACAAUGCAGAGUGGUGGUUUAGUACGUGCUGCAAAAACAAUGAAACCUGGGGGGUGGAAGCGAGUCUGUGUUGUGCCACACAGGCGUGGGAACAGUCAGUCGAAUCCUUUUGUGAAGAGGACUCAUCAGUGAAGGAUCGUCAGGAGGACUGCUGCAGAAAACCAGGCAACAACAGGCUAAACUGCUUCCAUGAAAAUGCUCCAAAUCCAGACUACAAACCAACUGAGGAGCUGCCGGUGCCACCACUUCCCUCUGCCGCUGCCUUCAGCUUUGAUCCUCACACUUGCCAGAGGACUUAUGGCAGUCUGAGGGAACCUCUAAGAGCUGACCAAAUUCCUAAGAAAAUUGACAUCAGCUUUCCUCCUGGACGACCCACUGCUGAUUCCAUUGAUUCACUGUGUAAGAACCAGAAGAUACGUCCCCUCUAUACUGUAAAGUGUCUGCCAGCUUCAGGUUACGAUUGGCUGGCUCGCCAGGCAAAGACGAUUAAUCGUAUAGAAAAGGGAUUCAAACAGUGCUGCAAAAAGAAGCAGGAUGUGCUCAACUGCGCUGAUCGUAAGUGGCGCGAGGAGCUCAAUAAGUUUUGCGUGGUUGGCGAUGGUGAAGUGUUGGAUUUCCACUGCUGUACUGCGGCCGAUGAGAAAAAUGAGCAAUACAACUGUUUCCAACACAUUUCUCUUGACCCGUAUUAUAAUAUGACUUUGGACACUCAAGAGCCUUCACUUACCAAAAUCUGUGACACUCACAAGAUCAUCAAGAAGAAGUUCCCUGUUGCUGUGCCUCUCAAGAAUUUUGUGAAUCAAUGCUGCCCCCUGUCUGAAGAAGAGAAGGCCACGUGUUUUGCUCAAAGGCUUAAGGAAACCACAGAGAACCUGUGUUCAUCAAAGAAGGCUUCUCUUCCAGCUGUCCGCCGCUGUUGCCGCUCGCCUUCACAGAAUACACACGAGUGUAUCUCCAAAAUUCUCAUGGAUGCUGUCACCAAAGCAGCCAAUGUCUUACGCCAAAAGAAGAAGAAAAAGUGCCCUUUCGCCUAAACCUUUAUGACUGCUGCUGACCCUGCUGGCACUGGACCAUUCAGAGAAAUGGCAAGCUAACAGCAGAAGUAAAAACCAGUCACUUAACAGGAACUGUUAUUUCGGCACAAGUCCCACUUAGUGGUCUGUAAGAAUAUUUAGACUGUGGACCAGUUCUAGCUUCAUCUACUGCCAGUGUUAUUUCCAUAUUUUCAUAUGAGAUCACAUUGUUAUCACAACAGUACAUUUAAAAAGAAAUGAUUGUUAGAUGCUUAGUUUGUAAAUCGGACUGUUGUCUGUGAUAUUGUACCACUAUUUUUAUAGGCUGCUCUUCACAUCAUUGAUUAUGAAUACAUUUUUUGGAGUUGCAGGAUCACUUCUUUUCUUUUUUAUAUGGGUAUGUGGUUAAGAUCUUGUCUACAAAAACUCUAAUAAAACGUUUUUAAAUCUA